GCCCUGGCAGUUGCUGGUCUCGGCGUUGUUGGCCGCGAUCGUUAUGGUGUUUUCCCACUGCGUGGCAAACUUCGGAAUGUCCGCGAGUUGACAGUGAAGCAGAUGCUGGAGAACAAGGAGAUCGAGCAGGUCCUGAAAAUCAUGGCUUUGGAUGCGAGCAAGGACGAAUAUCGCGAUGCGAAAGGUCUCCGUUAUGGUUCUAUUAUGAUCAUGACGGACCAGGACCACGACGGAUCCCACAUCAAGGGCCUCAUCAUCAACUUCAUUCAGCACUGGUUCCCUUCUCUUCUGAGGUUGCCAGGCUUCCUGAAAGAGUUCGUCACUCCGAUUGUGAAGGUGUCCAAAGGCGACGAGACUUUGACUUUUUUCACUUUGCCGGAGUAUGAAUCUUGGAAGAGAGCCAACAGUGAUGGGCGCGGAUGGAAAUGCAAGUACUACAAAGGCCUGGGCACAUCGACAAGCUCAGAGGCCAAAGAGUAUUUUGCAGAUCUCGAAGAGCAUGAGCUACAGUUCACGUACUCAGGAAGCCGUGAUGAUGAUCUCAUUGAUAUGGCCUUUGCCGCCAAGAGGUCUGAUGACCGCAAGGUCUGGAUCUCAAGCGUGGAGGAAGGCACUUUCGUGGAUCAUUCACAGCCCACAUUGAGUUACUCCGACUUCAUCGAGAAGGAGCUUUCUUUGUUUGCCAAGUACGACGUGGAGCGUGCAGUGCCUUCCCUUGUCGACGGUUUGAAGCCCGGGCAGCGCAAGGUCCUGUAUGGAUCCUUCAAGAAGAAGCUCACCAACGAGAUCAAGGUGGCGCAGCUUUCAGGCUACGUGGCCGAAACCUCGGCAUACCACCACGGUGAGGCUUCUUUGCAGGGCACCAUCAUCGCCAUGGCCCAGACAUUCGUCGGGAGCAAUAAUAUCAACCUCUUCGAGCCGCGGGGCCAGUUUGGAUCCAGGCUACAAGGCGGAAAGGACCAUGCUGCAGCCCGUUACAUCUUCACGUGCCUCUGCAAGGCUCGCAAUGCUUCCCGAAGGAGCUAUGCUUUUCCUGAGCUUUCCCAACCCCCGCAAUGA